UGUGGAAGAAAAACAGGUGGCUGAGUCCCCACUGGACUGUGGAGGGAAUCUCUCCUGAAAUGAUCAAAGGAUCUUUCCUCAAGGGCAUGAGGCACCCAACUAUGUGGAGACCCUAGCUUUUCCUUCUGGGAAUGGAGGUAUUUUCAAGGUGAGCUGGAUCAAAGCAUGAACAUAUUAUCCAUUUAGCAAGGACCCUGUGAAGUACCAUCAUUGGGAAGAGGCUGGAUAAUAACGUCUGACAGCUCAACACUCUUGGCUACGGUUUAGCAAUGGUUUCCCUUUUUACGGACAAGACCCUGAUUGUGAACAACAAGGACAAUGAUGAACUGGAACUAGAACGUGAGCUUAUCCGAGCACUGGAGAAUAAAGUGAUUGUUUUGUAUUUUGGCUCUGGCGAAUGUCCUCGAUGCCAGGAAUUUACGCCCAUCCUGAAGGAGUUUUUUGUGAGACUCACAGAUGAAUUUUACGUGGAAAGAUCAUCCCAACUAGUCCUGAUUUAUGUGUCUCUGGAUGAGACAGAAGAAAAGCAAGAUGAGUUCCUGAAGAAAAUGCCCAAGAGAUGGUUGUUCUUACCUUUUCUGGAUGAAUUCAAGAAGGAACUAGAAUUAAAAUUUUCUGUGAAGGAUCCCCCAGUGGUGGUGGUAUUGAAGCCAAACGGAGAAGUCAUCACUGCUAAUGCGGUAGAGGAGAUCAAGGAACUGGGCCCAGCUUGCUUCCAGAACUGGCAGGAGGCAGCUGAACUGGUGGACAGGAAUUUCCUCCUGGCAGAGGAUUUCGACAAUGUGACUUGGAGGAGCGUCACGGAUCCUCUCCGCAGGCUGAAGUACAAGUUGAAAAAAAAGAAAAGGAAAAAGAGAAGCAACCAAGAAGAAGAGGAGGAUGAAGAUGAGGAAUCCUCUUGAGGGGACAUUUUCUUUCCUUUGAAACUCAUAAAGCUGACUGUUCCCAAAGCAAAACCUAUGACCAUAAAGAAUAGCAUAAUUUACAGUCACAGUCACAAAAAAUGUAACUGGGCAUAGAAUUCUGGCUUCCAGAAACUCUCUGUCUCCUUUGUUUCCCCCUCCUGACAAUGAACAUCCUUUUGGAAGUGUGUUGGCACUGUCUGGUUAAAGGCUUGGGGGCAUCUUUUGGCCCAUCUUCCACUAUCGGUGUGAAAACAUAUUUAUUUAAUGGAGACCCAAAGUUGCUUACAUCAUCCUCCUCUUCUCCGUUUUAUCCUCACAACAAUCCUGUGAAUAAGUUAGACUGAGGGAAUAUGAGUGGCCCAGGGUCACCCAGUGAGCUUUCAGACAGGAGGAGAGUUGGAACCUGCAUCCAAUAUUCCAAUAUUCUUAACCACCACGCCACAGAUGUAAAGAAAUCCAGCUUUAAAUACAUUCUUUCCCUUUCUUUGACUUAAAUGAUGCAAAGUUGAGUCCCUAAGUUAUGACAAGGUUUACAAGGGCCAAGAGCAUUAUAAAAAUUGUAAUUUUUAGUCUU